GAAGGAAUGCAUAGCAUUAAGUGUUGGCCCUGGAUCACCGUUGAUUUUUUUAAUCAAAAGGUGGACCCCACUAAUCCCCUGUUAAAAUCAGUGGAAGGAACAUUCCUACCAAUCCCAUAUGGUACUUUUGUCUCUCCCAACACGCAGACAUACGAAUCAUCAAAUCCAAUGGCACUCUCUGCGAACGGCGAGAUUGAAGAAGCGAUCGACGCGCAUUUCAAGCGAUUCGACGUCGUUUCGGACGAGUCCGACCACUCCUACCUCAACCUGAACCGCCCCAAAAAGGACGGCGGAGAUUGCUUCAUCAACGGGAACAGUAGGACCCACAAGAAGAUCAUGCAGGAGUGGAGGAUCCUAGAGAAGAACCUCCCCGAGACGAUCUUCGUGCGGGCCUACGAGAAGCGCAUCGAUCUGCUCAGGGCGGUGAUCGUCGGCGCUGCGGGCACGCCGUACCACGAUGGACUCUUCUUCUUCGACUUGGCCUUCCCGCCCGAUUACUCCACCAGCCCGCCCCAGGUCCAUUUCCGCUCGUACGGGAUGAGGCUGAACCCGAACCUCUACGCCAACGGGAGGGUCUGCUUGUCGCUGCUCAACACCUGGGCCGGUAAGAAGAGCGAGAAGUGGAACCCAUGUGAGUCCACUGUGCUCCAGGUCUUGCUUUCGAUUCAGGCGCUGGUUCUCAACGAGAAACCCUACUUUAACGAACCGGGUCACGGGAUGUUGGGUCGGGCUAUCUGGGAAAAGAAGUCGCAGGCUUAUAACGAGGACGUGUUCAUCUUGUCGUGCAAGACAAUGCUAUUUUUGAUCCGAAGGCCACCGAGGAAUUUCGAGGACCUUGUGGUCAGGCAUUUUCGGGAGCGAGGGGAUUGGAUAUUAAGGGCCUGUGAUGCUUAUAGAGGUGGGCUUCAGAGAGUCGGGUACUAUGGGAGUUAUGGGUCAUCAUCAUCAUCAUCAUCGUGUUCUUCGUCUUCAACGAGCGUCGAUGUGUCGGAGAAAUUCAAAGGGUCUAUGGAGAAGCUGUACCCGGAGCUUGUUGCGGCUUUUCAUAGGGGCGGAGCUUCAGUGGGGAAUUUCGUCGAACGGUUGAAUGUCGAGAGAAAAACGGCGCCAUCGUCGUCCAAGGCGGCUCAGGUGGUUGUGAAAAACAAGCACGGUGGUGGGUUUGCGAGGAGGGUCAUUCGGACAAUCAAGAAGGCAUUGGGAUUGAAGAGGAAGAAGAAGAGUGGGAAAAGCGAUGGAGAUGUGACCAAAAAGGACUCUUCUUGAAGUGGGUGCGCAACGUGACGGAAGAAAACAGAGCAAGAGGGAGAGAGACGACAUCAAGUGGGGACCAAAUUGGUGGUGGGGGGUUGAUUUCUUUUUAGGGCACUUUAACAAUGGGAAGAAGAUUAGGACUUAACCCUUUCUUUUUUUCUUUUUCUUUUUUCUUUUUUUUUUUUGUGUCUUCAAUUAUUUCUUUAGGUUUUGAAUGAUGAUUAAGAUACAUAAUUUACUCAA